AUGCUAGUACUAAAAUGGCACUAUUCAACAAAUUAUUUAUACUGCCUUGGUGUUAUCCUUCUCGUUCUUCUUCCUCUCUCUAAUAAAUCCUUCCUUCCCUUCCAAGUUUUCUGUAUUUUUUCCCUUCUCAGUGAAAAAACCCAGAAGCCUAUAUUAUUCUCUCUUCCCUGCUUUCAACUAUGUGUAAGGAAGCUGAUCCCUCGAGAAAAAUCCUGUAGAAAAUGGCUUGUAAACGCUCUUUUUUUCUUUCACCUAUGUCUUUGUAACAGAGCAGAACACAGACUCUUUCUUUCUGUCUGUCUUUUCUCGUUCGUUCGUUCGUUCGAGCUCUAUAGCUAG